GCGCGCGCCGCCGCCGUAGCGGCGGCUGGGGCUGCGGGCAGGUGGGGGCGGGGCUGGCCGGCCGGCCGGGGCGGCCCAAGAUGGCGCGGGGUCGGCGGCGCUCGCCGGGAGCCCGGGCUUGAGCAGCGGCGGCGGGGGUUCAGGUUGAUGCCCUUGUGCGCCCUGCCGGGGCGGGCCCGUGCGCGAUGGAGAGCGGCGAGCUGGGUGUGGAGAACAUGGAGGCGCUGACUGAGCUGGGCGACGAGCUCACCCUGGGCGACAUCGACGAAAUGCUGCAGUUUGUCAGUAACCAGGCAGGGGACUUUCCAGAUUUGUUUUCGGAUCAUCUAUGUGGUACCUUCCAAGGUAGCAGUGGCAGUACCAGCAAUGGGACUUUGGACCCUCAGUUGCAGAGGUCAUACAGCCAGGUGCAGCUGCAGUCCUUUCCACCCCCUGCUACCUCCCCCCAGCUUCAGAGUGUUCAAGUCAAAGUGCCUCAGUCAACACCCCCCGCCCCUCAACGGUCUGCACCGCUCCUUCAGCCCCGUCCCCAGCUCCAGCCCCAGCUCCAGCAACAGACUGUGAUGAUUACGCCAACGUUCAGCUCUGCUCCGCAGACCAGGAUUAUUCAGCAACCAGUUAUAUACCAGAAUGCAGCUACGAGUUUUCAAGUUCUUCAGCCUCAAGUUCAGAGCCUGGUGACGUCCUCCCAGGUUCAGCCGGUUACCAUCCAGCAGCAAGUGCAGACUGUGCAGGCCCAGAGAGUGUUAACACAGGCUGCCAAUGGCACCAUCCAGACGUUAACACCAGCCACGGUUCAGACAGUAGCUGCACCACAGGUCCAGCAAGUUCCAGUUCUGGUCCAGCCUCAGAUCAUUAAAACAGACUCCCUUGUCUUGACAACUCUGAAGGCGGAUGGUAAUCCAGUUAUGGCUGCAGUUCAGAAUCCAGCACUCACAGCACUCACUGCUCCUAUUCAGACCACAGCUCUCCAGGUACCGACCCUAGUUGGGAGCAAUGGGACCAUUUUGACCACAAUGCCAGUGAUGAUGGGACAAGAAAAGUUGCCUAUCAAACAAGUUCCUGGGGGUGUUAAACAACCAGAGCUGCCUAAAGAAGGAGAGAGGAGAACAACGCACAACAUCAUUGAAAAGCGUUAUCGGUCAUCUAUAAAUGACAAGAUCAUUGAGCUGAAGGAUCUGGUCAUGGGGACGGAUGCCAAGAUGCACAAGUCUGGAGUCCUGAGAAAAGCCAUUGAUUACAUUAAAUACCUACAGCAGGCCAACCAUAAACUGAGACAGGAGAACAUGGUUCUGAAGUUGGCUAACCAAAAAAACAAGCUGUUGAAGGGCAUUGACCUAAGCAGUCUGGUUGACAGUGAUGCAGACCUGAAGAUAGAUGACUUCAACCAGAAUGUUCUACUGAUGUCUCCCCCUGCCUCUGACUCAGGAUCCCAGGCUGGCUUUUCUCCCUAUUCCAUUGAUUCGGAGCCAGGAAGUCCACUCCUUGAUGAUGCAAAGGUUAAAGAUGAACCUGACUCUCCUCCUGUGGCCCUUGGUAUGGUGGAUCGCUCUCGAAUACUUCUCUGUGCUCUCACGUUCCUUUGCCUCUCCUUCAAUCCUCUAACAUCCCUUCUUGAUGCCCGAGGAACCCCAGAGGCUGACAGCCUCGUGCGCCAUGGCUCUGGCAGGAACAUGCUGACCAUUGAGUCAGAUGCAGGUGGCUGGUUUGGUUGGAUGAUGCCCACACUGAUUCUGUGGCUAGUGAAUGGAGUGAUUGUCUUGAGUGUGUUUAUAAAGCUCCUUGUGCAUGGAGAGCCAGUGACUCGAUUGCACUCGAGAUCAUCUGUGAUGUUCUGGAGGCAUCGCAAGCAAGCUGACCUGGAUUUGGCACGGGGGGAUUUUGCUGCAGCUGCAUCAAACCUGCAGACUUGCCUGUCAGUUCUAGGUCGAGCGCUGCCAGCUUCCCGCCUGGACUUGGUGUGCAGCCUGUCCUGGAAUGUGAUCCGCUAUAGCCUGCAGAAGCUGGCACUGGUGCGAUGGCUGCUGAAGAGGACUUCUCAUCAGUGGCGGGCAAGAGAGGCCGCUGCAGGCUUUGAGGAUGAGGCCAAGACCAGUGCUCGGGAUGCAGCUCUGGCAUAUCACAAGCUCCAUCAGCUCCACAUAACAGGUAAACUUCCCUCCAGCUCAGCUUACUCAGGUUUGCAUAUGGCCCUGUGUGCUGUGAAUCUGGCUGAGUGUGCAGAAGAAAAGAUCCCACCCAGCACAAUGGCAGAAAUCCACCUGACAGCUGCGGUUGGCUUGAAAACCCGCUGUGGAGGCAAGCUUGGCUUCUUAGCGAGUUACUUUUUAAGCCAAGCUCAGAGCUUAUGUAGCUCGGAGCGGAGUGCCAUUCCUGACUCGUUGCGUUGGCUGUGUCACCCACUGGGACAGAAGUUUUUUGUGGAGCGGAGCUGGACAGUAAAAUCUGCUGCAAAGGAGAGUCUGUACUGCACCCAAAGGAAUCCUGCGGAUCCCAUCGCACAGGUUCAUCAAGCGUUUUGUGAGAACCUGCUAGAGAGAGCAGUGGAUUCACUUGUGAAACCUCAGACUGGAAAAGAAAUAAUGGGACAAGAGGAGGAGGAACCAUGUGAAUUCUCCAGUGCAAUGGAGUAUCUGAAAUUGCUCAACUCUUUCUUGGACUCAAUGGGAAGUGGAGCCCCACCCUUUGCCAGCAAUUCUGUACUCAAGUCAGCCCUGGGCCCAGACAUGGUGUGCAGAUGGUGGUCAGCAGCAGUUGCUAUGGCAAUCGGUUGGCUCAGAGGGGACGAUGCGGCUGUGAGGUUGCAUUUCACAGAAGUGGAGCGCAUGCCGAAGGCCCUGGAGAUGUCAGAGAAUGCCCUAGUGAAAGCCACCUUCUAUAUGUGUAAAGCCAUGCAGGCCUCACUGUCUGGGAAGGCAGAUGGACAGCAGAGCUCCCUGGGUCACUGUGAGAGGGCCAGCAGCCAUUUAUGGAACAGCCUUAACAUGACCAGUGGUGUCUCCAGCGCCACCAUCAACAAUGUGAUCCAGCUGCUGGCCUGUGACUUGCUGCUCUCCCUCCGCACCAGCCUGUGGCAGAAGCAGGCAAGCACCAGCCAGGCCUUGGGCGAGACCUACCAUGCCUCAGCCUCUGAGCUCACAGGCUUCCAGCGUGACCUUGGCAGCUUGCGCAAACUGGCCCAUGGUUUCAGACCUGCUUACCGCAAGGUUUUCCUCCAUGAGGCCACUGUGCGUCUGAUGGCAGGUGCCAGCCCUACCCGCACCCACCAGCUGCUGGAACACAGCUUGAGGCGACGCAUGCCACAGAGCAGCAAGCAAGGUGAACUAGACACACUGCCAGGCCAGAGGGAGCGAGCUACAGCUAUCCUGUUGGCCUGCCGCCACCUCCCCCUCUCCUUCCUCUCCUCACCUGGCCAGCGAGCAGUCCUGCUGGCUGAGGCCGCGCGCACGCUCGAGAAAGUGGGAGACAAGCGCUCGUGCAAUGACUGUCAGCAGAUGAUCGUCAAGCUGAGUGGGGGCACAGCCAUUGCUGCCUCCUAACACCAGUGCGGGGCUGUGUUGCACAAAGGCAGCCUUGUGAACCGUCAGCCUGGACUUCCCCUCUUGAGUUUAAAAAAAAAAAAAACAACAACAACAAAGAAGUGGUAGGUUAGGUCUGUGCCAGUGGGAUCACUGUGGGGUGGGAGAGGGAGGGAGGGUUUUUUAACUUGCCCCAGGUUUAGCUUUAUUAGCCCCCUUGCUUGCUCUCAGGCACUGCAGCAGGAAUCUGUCUGGUUGUAGUUUUGUGACUGUGCUGGGGGCUGUCAGAAAGCACUGCCCCUGCCUGGAGGUGCGGAGCCCUGCCAGGAGGAGAAGCCUGCAAACCCAAGGCAUAGGAAGUGGCACGUCCUAUGUCUGUCCUCACGGGCAUAAUCUUCCCUUCCCAAAUGCCUCUGCAGAUAGGAACCUUUUGGGAGGGUAGAAGAUCUGCUCAGACCUUGCCCUGAGGCAUUAUUGAGGUCUAAGAUUAUUCUCAGCCUGCAGGCUGUCCUGAGAGAGAGGGAAGGCACCAGCUUUGUGUGCAUCAUGAGACUCUUUUUUUCCACUGAAGCCCUCUAGACCCUACUUUAUAGAGGUGCUCUGGGAGUAUCAUUUGCGGCCAGUCCCGCCUGGCCAAUUUCUCUACAAUUUUUAUACAUUUUUUUAUAGGAAUGUUUGUGGCUUUACAAAAUGUAGGGAACAAUGCAGCAGAUUACCCUUCCUCUCUACUUCAUGCAUCUUCUUCCUGUGACCAGAGCUGCCCCCUGCCAUUUCUGGUGGGGGCUGGGUUUGUGGCAGUCUACAAGCAGAGUGUACAUACAGGGCUGUUUGUCUUAGAAAACCUGUGAGGCCCUGGUCGUUUGGUGCUGGAUGGUGACAGAGAUGGAUGUGCAGAGCCAUGAACUCUGUAUGAAGGGUGAAGGCUUCUGUGGUGCCUUUCUGUUGGUGCAGAUUUAAUUUCUUUUAGAAACAUUUUUUUAUUUCAUUAUACUCCCAGUCCCAGAACUUACCUUCACGUCCUUCUUCCUCCCUUUUCCAAGUGCUUGACAGCUUCCACGCACGCAGCAGGCUGAGCACCUGCAGGGACUGGAAAGCACUGGCUCAGGUUGGAAGUCUCCCUGCUCCAUUGCCAUUGCCCUUCAGAGCAGUCUGGCUCACAGGUGUUGAAUCACGGGACUUUCAAAGAGGGGGAGGCAGAUUGGGGACAGGGAGGGAACAGUUUGCCCCCUUUUCUUUUUUCUUUGCCUUUCCUGUUGCAUCUGUCCAAAGAGGCACAAAAUGAUUGUCCCUCUCACACAUGCAAGUAGGGGAACCAGCCUUUGGUGGGUGCAGAUUGCCACUUCUCCCCAUGCAUAACCUGCCUGUGCUCCACAUGGAUAGCUAGAAGCACACAGGUACUGACAGCAGCCUGGUCCUUUCCUGUCCUGAGCAGACAUGCAGCAUGAUUCCUCACUGCAAAAUCAGAACUUAGGCUGUUUUGCAAGAUGCUUCUAUAUUUAUCCAGCUUUUGCAGAGAGGCAUGAGAGCUUGAGCUGCUUUAAAAAGCAGAGGGGAAAAAGAUGGGCUUGUGUCUUGCUUUUUGGCAUCUUGGGAGGGUGAUUUCUUGUGCUGCAGUAGUUGAACAUAUGUAAUACUGGUCAUAGAGUUGCCUGGCUUCAACAAGGUGGGAACUGGCCAGGAGAAAUCUGCCUCCCAGCAAAGCAUAUUCACAGUGAACCUGUGCUAUAACUAGGAACAAAAUCAUGGGGACCAGAGUGCCUCUUCCCGCUGUUACUUGGGGACUCACUGGUGGACUCGCAGCAGUGAUCAUUGGCAGCCUGUGCUUCUCACCCCUGCUGGCAGGUGUGGAGGUAGGAAUCUCCUGCUUCCCAGUGUCAGAAGUCAGAGAAAAGCUUUGAGGGAGGAUUGUUGGUCUUGUGUAUCUUAAAUCAGUGUAUGGGAUGCUCUGGUUCAGACGACGGCAGCUACUUCUGCUUUGAGUGCAUGUGUCAAGCAUGCUAAUUGCUGAUUGGCAUAAGAACAGCUGUUGGUUUUUAGGAGGGCUUUAAUUGCCCAUUACUGAGUUUCUUGGCUAUCAAUGAUCCUCUUUGUGGGGUGACUCAUAUCCUACCUUUUCUCCUCUCUAAGUAGCUAUCGCACCAUCUCUAAGCCUUGGGUCUCUUGGUCUCUGAGGUUGAGGUUUUACUGAGCUACAGAAGUGCUUUACCUGUAACACCCUCCUGAGUAAUUUCACAUCUCCCUGGCUCUUUGUGCAGUGUGGUGGAAGUUUGUGCUUUGAUAAUACAGGGGAGCAAGGUUUGGAGGAAAUGGAGAUUUCUCAGCUUUCACUUGUCAUUUAAAGGUGAACAGAAUCCUAGGAGAUGGGCUGCAGGGAGUACCAGCUGGAGAAGGGCUUGGGAGGCUGUUGGACUGAAACACCAAUACCUAAUGGCAUGAUCAACUGAGGGUCUUAGCACUGCUGGCAUUUCUCUCUCCUCCAGGGCAAGGGAUCUUUGUCCUGUCCUUCUGCGCUGUUCAUAAAUUUGCUGCCUAUCUGUCCCUACAGUUUUUUUAUAUGUGUGUGUGUGUGUGUGUGUGUGUAUAUACUGUAACUUUUUUGUUUGAGGGUGGGAGGAAAUUGUUUUAUGGAUUAUGUGAAGAAAGUCUAUUUAUCCAAAUGGAAUUUAAGGUAGGAAUGCUUUGUGAUAAAAGGUGCAACUGGUGGUGGGAAAGUUCCCAGGGGAACAUAUCUGCUGUCUGAAAAACCUGUUCCAGGGCUCGUGAGCAUCUGUUAUCUAAUAAAGAUGAACAUUACGACCA